UUCAUUUUAUUUACUCGACUUCCAAGCGCCAUGGCAAUAACCGAAUCAAUGGAUUCUCCGUCUUCCCCUUCUCCGACCGCCUCCAAUUUCAGUGGCGGCCAACAACAGCGUCACUUCUAUCUUGCCGUCGACCGACUUCAGUUCAAGAUGGAGAUGCUGGUAGAUUUGCUAGGUGUAGCCGGCCGCCGCUCUGGAAUUCCAAUGGCGGUUUGCUGCAGCUCGAGGGACGAACUCGAUGCUGUAUGCUCUGCAGUCUCCAACCUCCCUGACAUCUCUCUUGCGUCUCUGGCGACCAUCAAAUGGGCUGAGAGUGCUAUGACUAGUGUUCAGUUCGGGGACGAUGGUGAGAAUCAGAACAAUGAGAACAAGUCCCAGAUGAUAGUUGUAACGGAUGCUUGCCUUCCGGGAGUUCUCAGUGGCGAAUCAUCUAUCGCUGCUCGUAUCCUGAUCAACUACGAGCUACCAACGAAGGAAAUGUACAUGAGACGAGUGAGCACAUGUCUAGCUGCAGAUGGGAUUGUUAUCAACGUGGUUGCCGGUGGGGAAGUUGUGACCUUGAAGAAUGUGGAGGAAAGUUGUGGCCUUCUCAUUGCUGAAAUGCCUAUAAAUGUUUCUGAGAUACUGUGAGUAUGCAAUUUUCAUCUUCAACGAGGGAGAGUAAGCAGUAGCAACAUCGACAAGAGGAUUUUGAACUGCUGGAUUCCUUCCGACAGUUGAAGGAAGAAGAGAACGCAAGCUCCUCUUCCCUUCAUUUAUAUUCGCAUGAGCAGUUAGUAGUUGCAAAAGCUGCUUCAAACUUUAAUCAGCUAAACUCGUAGUUAGGGUGGUCCUUCAGGAGCACUAGUUAAGCACGUUCAGCCUCUGGCAUGGAAAUUCCUGCUGUUCCAUGAAUUCUGGCUCAUAAUUUCUUGUCAAGCACAUAAUAAUCUUGUGACAGACCUAUUUCAAGAAUAGUUGACUCGUUCCCAUAAUCCCAUUAAUGGUCACUAUAGUUCCAAUUGGCAAUGAAUCAGACUCUAAUAUAUGUAAGCAAAUAGUGCUCAUUAUAAAGGUGUGAUUUAGGGAUUUCAGAAAUGAUGUAAUUUGAGACUCUGUCUAUUCAAAUUGAUGCAAAACAAAGC